AUGGGUCGGAGAGAAAACCUACUCCUUCUGCCUGCCCUGGCAGCGCUGGCUCCUUUGGCCAACGCCACGGAGAUUAUCAGCACCAGCACCUUUACCACCAUCUUCCCCACCACUGCCGUCGUUACCUCUUCAUCUGCCAUCGCGGGCUGCACCGAGGCGGUGGUAUGGCAGGAGACUUGCUCUGCCUCGUACAGUGGGGGCACCAUCAUUUCCAUCGGUUCAGGUCUCUCACUGCGGGCUUGUGCUUCGGGGUGUGCUGUCCAACCUGCGUGUUCCGCGACCGUCUUCGAACCCAGUAGCUUGACCUGUUAUAUGUUUUCGGGUGAUGUGACCAUCACGCCUGGUGGAGGGUACCAAGCUGCAGCUCGUUAUGCUGCCGAUGCCAGUAAUUUACACGACGACUAUUCCGACCCCGACCCCAUCGAUUACGGUCACUUCGUCCUCCAUCCCAGCGAUAUCUUCCACCCCAAUGGUAUCGUCCGUCCCAGUGGUAUCGUCCUCCACCCCACUGGUAUUGUCCUCCACCCCACUGGUUCCAUCUUCGACGCCUUACUCGAGCCCGCCCACAUCACCGACGACGUCGUCAGGAAUCCUUUCGUCGACGCCGCUGAUCCAUUCGUUGACGACGACCUCUCGCAGCACAUCCAGCCUGGUCUCAUCGACCCCGUUGACAAGUUCGCGGACCAAUCAAGCGGGGGCACACCAAUUACUACCAUCUCUACCGUCACGACAACUGAAAUCUAUACCAUCACUUCUUGUGCUGCAUCAGUCACCAAUUGCCCUGCAAACCAACAGACGACAUACUUGACCACCGAAACAAUCACCUAUGUUACCACAAUCUGUCCCGAGGACGAUAAAACCACGGCCACCCAAGCUUCAGGCUCAACACCAACCAAUUCUGAUACAGGUGUGAUCCAAACUGCCAACCCUCAGCACGUCACUACGCAGACCACCAGUCUUCCUUCAGCCCAAGGCACAGAGACCAGUAUUCCUCUUUCGCAUAUGACUACCUCGACCGUUUAUGUCACGGAGAUUGACGUGAUUACUGCUUGCCCGCCUUCCGUCCACAAUUGCCCUGCCGGCCAAGAAAGCACUUACACCAUUUCCAAGACCGUUCCUGCUUAUACAACAACAUAUCUGGUCGCAGAUACCGUGAUUGAUUCCGCACAGGUCGCUCAGUCUACGGGAAUUCAAGCUUCGGUGCAGCCCGUGGUAGUCCCCACUGGCAUCGUCUCACCCGGCCAGGCGACUCUUCAGACCUCUCAGCCAGCUGAUGUCUACAAUGAUUACACUGUGUCGCACUCUCCGUCGACCAAGGCCCAAAAGCCGAGCGUCACAUUCCACGCCUCCGUCCAGGUGGCUACGCACGCUACAACUAUGAGCACGAUCUCUGGGGGGACGAUAUCGGCCGUGACUACAAAUGCUCCUGCUUUCAACAGCGCGUCGAAGAUGGGACGUUUGACUUCACUGCCUAUUGUUCUAGCCGUGAUGUCCACUCUCUUUCUCUUUUAG